AGUGACCAGUAAAGUGAUAUUUACAAAUUUUGAUUGAUAGAACAGAGAAAAAGCUAUGCAAAUCCAUCAAUACAGUUACACUUUGGCUUUUUUGCUUUUGUUUUUGUGCUGAACAAUAUCUUGGCUUUUCUUUUUUUGGUUAAAAUGGCAAUAUCGUUGAAAGUCUUUGUCUACAUUCAGUGGACUUCUACUAACUCCAUCUCAUCUCUCCUUCCCUUACUACCAUCCAUUAACCAAUGUCAGCCGCCACCCUUGCCCGGAAUCUCUACGCACCUCUUUCUCUGCUCUGUGUUCUUUCUCUUAUGUCCGGAAAUAGAACAGAGGACCUCCCAAUUCUCCUCGAAUUCAAAUCAGUGUUCCGAAACUCCAACUCCCAAUUAUUCAACUCAUGGGAAUCCGAGAACUCCUUAUGUAAUUUCACCGGAAUUACCUGCAACUCCGACGGUUCAGUGACCGGAAUUGUAUUAUCGAAUCAAAAGCUACAUGGGAUUCUUCCCUUGGAUUCAAUAUGCCAGCUCAAAUCGCUGGAGAAGCUCUCUCUGGGGUUCAAUUCCUUGUACGGAGAAGUAAGGGAUGACUUGAGAAACUGCACGAGAUUGAAGUAUUUGGAUUUGGGUAACAACCAUUUUACUGGACCAGUCCCUGAUUUAAGCUCCUUGAGCGAUUUACAGUACUUGUAUAUGAACAAGAGUGGGUUUUCAGGCACCUUUCCGUGGAAAUCUCUUGGAAAAUUGAUUGGUCUGGUGAACCUUAGUCUUGGGGAUAAUUCAUUCGAAUCCACUGAUGAGUUCCCCAACGAGCUGUUGAGCCUCACUAAUUUGAAUCUUCUUUACCUCUCGAAUUGCAGUCUUCAAGGGAAAAUACCAACUGGGAUUGGAAAUUUGGUAGAGCUUAAGAACUUGGAGCUUUCGCAUAAUAAUAUCACCGGAAAUAUUCCUGUGGAAAUUGGAAAACUCACCAAGCUAUGGCAGCUUGAGCUUUACAACAAUAGUUUAACUGGAAAACUCCCAGUUGGGAUGAGAAACCUCACGAACCUUGAGCGGUUCGACGCUUCAAGAAACUAUCUUGAAGGCGAUUUGUCGGAGUUGAAAUUGUUGACGAAUCUAGUUUCUCUGCAGUUAUAUAAGAACAGACUCUCCGGUGAAAUUCCCGCCGAGUUUGGAGAGUUUAAACGCCUUGUGAACUUGUCUCUGUAUACUAAUAAUCUGACAGGGACACUCCCUCGGAAACUGGGAUCAUGGGCAGACUUCGAAUUAAUAGACGUUUCGGAGAAUUUCUUCACCGGUCCGAUACCGCCGGACAUGUGUAAACGAGGAACGACGAAGAAGAUUCUCAUGCUUCAGAACAAUUUCACAGGUGAAAUCCCAGAAAGCUACGCCAAUUGUCUGAGCUUACUUCGUUUCAGAGUCGGUAAAAACUCGCUCACCGGCAAAGUUCCUGCCGGAAUAUGGGGAUUGCCGGCGCUCAACAUAAUCGAUAUCGAGUUUAAUCAACUGGAAGGUCGGAUUACAUCUGAUAUAAAAACUGCAAAGAAUCUUACUCAGCUAUUAGCCAGGAAUAACCGGCUUCACGGUGAAUUACCAGAAGAGAUUUCCGAAGCGACCUCGUUGGUUUCAGUUGGACUAAACAACAAUCGUUUCUCAGGUCAUAUUCCGGUGAGUUUAGGCGAAUUGAAGAAUCUAGCCAAUCUUUAUUUACAGAAUAAUAUGUUUUCUGGAUCAAUACCGGAGUCAUUAGGAUCAUGCUUGUCUCUAAACGAUAUGAACAUGGCAAACAACUCUCUCUCCGGCGAAAUCCCUUCCUUUUUCGGGACUUUUCAGAGUCUGAAUUCUCUAGAUUUGUCUCGCAACCAGCUUUCCGGUCAAAUUCCAAUGACUUUAGCUUCAGCGAGAUUGAGCUUUCUUGAUUUAUCGUACAACCGGCUAACCGGUACAGUACCCCCACAACUCACGACUGCCGCCUACGCCGGAAGCUUCUCUGGCAACCCUGGUCUUUGCAGUUCAGAAAUCAACUCAUCAUUUCGGCAAUGUCCUCCAAAUUCAGGCAUGUCCAAAGAUGUCCGUACACUCAUAAUUCUCUUUGCAGUUGGGUUAGCUAUCAUCCUCGUGGCUUUGGGUUGUUACAUCUAUUUAAGGAAGAGUGAAAAAGAUGAUUACCAAAAAAGAACUCUAAAAGAAGAGUCUUGGGAUUUGAAGUCUUUCCAUGUUUUAACAUUCACAGAGGAAGACAUUCUUGAGUCCAUUAAGGAAGAGAAUGUAAUUGGAAAUGGAGGGUCAGGAAAGGUUUACAGAGUUGUUCUCUCUAAUGGAAAAAAGCUUGCCGUGAAACACAUUUGGAAUAACCUUGAUUCCCAAUUCGGCCAUGAAAAGAGCUGCAAGUGGAAGGAAUUCGAAGCCGAGGUUCAGACCUUGAGCUCAAUUAGGCAUGUGAACGUGGUAAAAUUGUAUUGCAGCAUAACAAGUGAACGCUCAAGCUUGCUUGUUUACGAGUAUAUGCCUAAUGGCAGCUUAUGGGACAGACUCCAUGGCUGCAGAAAGACAAAACUUGACUGGAAUUCGCGGUAUGAGAUUGCUCUCGGGGCAGCUAGAGGCCUCGAGUAUCUCCACCAUGGCUGCGGCCGGCCAUUAAUUCAUCGGGAUAUCAAGUCCAGCAAUAUCUUGUUGGAUGAGUUUCUAAAGCCUAGAAUUGCUGACUUUGGGCUUGCCAAGAGUGUUCUUCAGGCUAGUAAUGGAGGCCAAAGUUCUACUCAUGUCAUUGCUGGAACUCAUGGCUACAUUGCUCCUGAGUACGGAUAUAGUUACAAAGUGGAUGAAAAAAGUGAUGUAUAUAGUUUUGGGGUGGUGUUAAUGGAGCUAGUGACUAGAAAAAGACCAAUAGAACCAGAGUUUGGAGAGAACAGAGACAUAGUGAGCUGGGUAUACGACAAUCUAAAGAGCAGAGAAAGUGUAUUUAGUUUAGUUGACUCAGAUAUUCGAGAGGACCUUAGAGAAGAGGCUAUAAAGGUGUUGAAAAUUGCAAUUUUAAGCACAGCUAGAGUCCCUGAAUUGAGGCCCACGAUGAGGAGUGUGGUUCAAAUGCUUGAGGAAGCUGAGCCUUGUAAGUUGGUGGGAAUUAUGGUCACCAAAGAUGACAAGUGUGGCAUAAAAUAGUAAUUUAUAGGGUAUAAAUUAUUGUACAAUAAUACUCAUAGCAACAAGGAAUUGAACUUGUUCCACCCUUUAAUACGAUAUUGUAUAUAUAUUUUUAUCAUGUUAGGAUUAUUAUUAAAAUUGUAAUGUGGUGUUUGGUUUGAGGAAAUAAAAUAUAAUGGAAAGAAAAUAAUUUUUAUUUUA